AUGUAUAUUGGAGACGAAGAGUCGUAUGGAUUAGAUGAAACGGAGUCAGUUACACUUAGCAUAAAUCCAGUAAGAAAUUCACCUCCUAGAGUUGAUAGAAGAAAUGAUAGAGAUGAUUAUGAUAUAUUACAAGUGAUUGUUGAUGCUUUGCAAAGAGUAGCGAGGACUUCUCCUGCUACGACUUCAACACAAAAUCAGAGAUGGGCCCUGAUAAAAGAAUUGAGAAAAUAUGGUGCUACUGAAUUUAUGGGUCUGAAGGGAGUCGACCCAUCCGUAACUGAAAAUUGGAUGGAGUCAACUAAAAGAAUUUUACAGCAAUUGGACUGUACCCCCCGGGAGUGUUUAAUUUGUGUUGUAUCGUUGCUACAAGGGGAAGCUUAUUUAUGGUGGGAAUCAGUGGUUCGACAUUUAUCGGAGAAGAAGAUAAUAUGGGACCUAUUUCAGAAAGAAUUUCAAAAGAAAUAUAUCGAAGAAAUUUAUAUCAAAGACAAGAAGCAAGAGUUUUUAAUGCUGCAACAGGGUGACUUGUCAGUUAUAGAUUAUGAGAGAGUUUUCAAGACUUAG